AGAGCUCUAUCCAAUGGGGCGAACAAGGAGAGAAAUCUUUUCAAGAACGCGUACUCGCGAGUCAUCGUUUUGACAAGUGCGGUUGCCUUGUCGGGGAUGGUGUCGAAAAGGAAGGUGUCGGCUUCACUUUCCAAGUUCGACUGUCAAGAGGCUGUAGAAGAUGAAGGGGCUCGUCUCUCGCUGAUAGAUGCCAUAGGGGUGAGCAAGGCGGUCCGACUGGGUAAGGAGGAAGGCCGUUCGGGCGGGCACGAGUAUCCAUGA